GCAGUGCGCGAGUCGCCGCCGCCUGCCGCGCCGCCGCGAUGGCCGCGCCGCGCUGCGACCGCUGACCGCAGCGACAGCGACCGACCGCGCCCGCCGCCCGACGCCCGCAUACUCGCGCCGCUCCGACUCUCGCCCCACACCUCGCCGCGCCGCCGCUAGGUAAAGUAUCCGGCGACCUUGCGCCCGCCGCUCGCCGUCUAGUAGAGCAGGCCUGCCGCGUGCUGUCCCGCGCUUUGUCGUGCGGAGUCGCGACGCGCACCGGCUAGCGCCCCCCGCCCGUCCUCUGCCAGUACAUGACGAUACAUAGGUAAAGUUAACACGACGAUUGUCGACGUUACCCGGGUUAUCUCACCGUGCCACCUUCGGAAGGACUGAACCCUCGUUAAUUCGGUUGUGUGGGCGACCCGUCACCGACGGUCGGUUGUUGCGCAUCUGACUGCUCUGAUGCUCCAUCGAUGGUAGCCGCAUCCUUUGGUCAGUCGUGGGGGAGCUGGUCCGUAUUAGGGAGUAUCGCACAGCAUGUACGACGGCACAGUCCAUGGGAUCAGAAGUGCCUCUAAUAAGGCGCCUGUCGCUAUGCAGAGCCGUGCUACCCCUCAGAAAUGAGGUGUCGGGGGCGCAGCGAGGGCGCGAGCGGCAUGCGGCCCCGGCGGCAGACGCCAAUGGAGGUCGGCUAGCGGCGCGCGCGCAUCCCCCGCGCCCGCGCGCCCCUCCCCGCCCCGCCGACGCCAUGGACCCCGCUGACGUGCCGAGACACCGACCCCUCGCCUUCGAUAAGAUGGAAAGUUUGAUAAAAGAAAUGCAAGAUCCAGAAACAGGAGUACCAGUGCGAAGCCAGAAACUUUUUCUCAGUGUUAUUCCAUCUGCUUUUAUGGGUUAUGAUCUUGUCGAAUGGCUAAUGGAACGGUUUAAUCUCGAUGAGACCAGCAACGUUGAAGCAAUAAACUUAGCCAAUCAACUCUGCCAAUAUGGCUACUUCUUUCCUGUCAACGAUUUGAAAAAUCUUGUGUUAAAAGAUGACUCUUCACUUUAUAGAUUUCAAAGUCCAUACUACUGGCCUUGGCAAGCGCCACGGGUAGCAGGAAGUGGUUCAAGCGCACCAACGUUGGGUCCAGACAACGUUGAGUACGCAAUAUACUUAGUCAAGCGGACCUUGCGGAACAAACAACGGCAUGGCCUCGAAGAAUAUGAGCAGGAGGCACUUACCAACCUGAAGAAGAACCUUGCCGCCAAAUGGGACUUCAUCACCAUGCAAGCGGAAGAACAGGUUCGAUUGGCAAAAGAUCGUAAAAAAGGUGACAAGAUAGUGAGUGACAGUCAGGAGCGAGCGUACUGGCGCGUGGCCCGGCCUCCACCGGGUGUACCCAGCGCACUGGAGCCGUGCCCAGUACCAGUGCGAGUGAGACAUCCGAGACCGAAGAAACGGACAAUACAACAACUCACUAGGGAGAUCGAACAUCUAAAAGCGAGCCUGGACCGUACGAGAGUGAAGACUUCAAUUGCCCUCGAGGCCUUAGUGGCCUACUCGGAGACCUUCGCUCCCUACGAUCCCUGGCUCACUCCACCGCAGCCCUCAAAUCCUUGGGUCAGCGACGACACCCUCUUUUGGCAAAUUAACAGCCCUCUAGUGGAGGUGCCAAGUGAAAAGCGUGUGCAACGCUGGGCACUGUCAAUAGACGAACUAGUGUCUGAUCCCACGGGCCUGCAGGAGUUCACAAGUUUCCUACGCAAGGAGUACUCUCACGAGAACAUUCGCUUCUGGCUAGCAGUGAUGGAUCUGAGACGCAGUAGCACCAAGCAAAUACCCAAGAAGUUGGAAGAAAUCUAUGAAGAAUUUCUAAAGCCCGGUGCGCCUUGUGAAAUAAACAUCGACGGCGCAACAGCUGAACGUGUGAUGGAAGGUCUGAAGUCUGGUUCACGGUAUGCGUUGGACCACGCCGCCGACCACGUCUACGGGCUGCUGCUGAAGAAGGACUGCUACCCGCGCUUCGUGCGCUCCGAUCAUUUUCAACGGCUACUGACUGAAGGACGAAACGUACAUCAAAAGAAGGCCAAAUUCUUCAACUUUGGUGGGCAAGUGAAGAAGAAGCCAGGUUCGACUAGCGGCAGUGCCGGUCCGGCGCUGCAGCGGCGACGCGGCUCUGAUCGCUCGCUGUCGGGCUCCGCGCACGAGCUCGCCGUGUGUGCCGCGCAACCGCCGCGACCGCCCGACCCACCGCCACACAGUCACAGCCAAUCUAACCUCGCUGAUAUACCUUUCCGGGAUCCUCUCGACGACGAUACGGCUGACGUUCUACCUUGGGAGAGUUCAUCCCGGGAAGGCGUUGGCUGUGCGGCGACCCGGCGGCGGCAAGAUUCGACCGCCGACUCGGGCAGUUCCUCGUCGGACGUGAGCGCGGCCGUGGCGGUCGCCGAGCGGACGCGGCGUCUGCCGCAGCAGAGCACACUGGACGGUGGCUUGCGAGGUGCCCCGCCUCCGUUGCGCCGUCUGUCGGCCGUGGAACCACGCCACCUCGCGCCCCUCGGCUCCCCUCCGCACUCCCCCCGCCCGCCGCGGCCCGCCCCCGCUCCGCCGCCACCCGUCGCCCCGCCCCACCCGACGCCCACUAUCAGCGUCAGCUCCGCGCCCGACGACGAGUCCGCCGACUCGCCGCCCGGCACCGCCUCGCCGGACGAGCCGCGCUCUAUAGCGCACUCCGACGAGCCGUCCUCGGUGUUCGCGUCCGCGGACGUGACGCCCACGGAGCCGACGCGGCCCCCGUUCCGGGCGCUCGACGAUCGCAUCACGUCCGCCGGCGACCGGCUCCCGGAGCUCGGGGACGAUGUGAGAACUGACGAAUCGCGAGUGCGUGUGACCGUGUUAUCGAAAACUGAAUCGGAAUCUCGCGACGAUUCCACCGCAUCCGGUGCGAUGUCUGACUCUAGAGACUCUGAAAGGACGAGGUCGUCCGAGGACGACGUCGUUUCGGUGCGAGGAACGCUGUCCCGGGAACCGUCAACGAUGAAAGAAACCAGUCCGGCCUCAAAUAAAAAUAUUAGUAGCAAAAUCGGCGAUCUUCCAGAGUGGCCGGUGCGAGGGGCCGGUGCGCCGUCGGAGCCCUCCGUCCGCGCCCACGCGGCGGCGGCGGCGGCUGCGGCGUCGGCGGCGAGUAUCGCCGCGCCGGUGCCCCCGCAGCCGUCGGUAGCGCCGCUCGCCGUGUGCGAGGACAUCGGGGUGGACGACGACAACGUAGACAAAGUGCCUUCGGCGCCCCUGCAAAGGGUCUCGACAGUUUCCGAGGCGGAGUCCGAGCCGGACGCGACGAAAAAAAUUGCUCAUAAAGACGAACUGUCGUCGGUCACUGAAUCUAAUAUUGUUAAGCGUGAUAAUAAUAAAAGCGGCAUCGGUGAGCGUAAGCAGCGGAACGACAUUUGUCCCUGGGAGGACGAGUAAGUACUCGAAUUCCUGUGAGAGUGAUGCUCCAUUUGUUAAAACUUAUGCAACGCUGGGUUAUUUAUAAUUUUUGUAGAUGAUUAUCAAUAAUGUGUUAAUACGGGCAGGGUUAAAAAAAAAGAAAAUUUAAUUUUUUAUCUUAGAGUUUUUGUUUAAUUAAGUAUCACAGAGUUAGGCCAUUAUUAUGUAAUUAUAAUGAAUAUUUUAAAGUAAAUGAUCGUUAAUUAUUAG